AUGGGGCUUGCUCACUAUCAAGGCCAAGGCCUUCGCGCUCGCGCCAACCUGCACCAAGAUGUUUCCUCGAUCACCGAAAAGACAGCCUCGUCCUCAAUCUUCCGUCGACUAGUCACCAGGGAAAGCUGCAAGGAAGACAACAGUUGCGCUGCUGCAAGCGCUGGAACCAACUUGAUCAUCCCCAUCGUAGUCGCCAUCAUUGUUCCUAUUGUUCUGAUCGCGGCCUUCUUGUACUACCUCCACCGUAGGAAUAUGAAGAAACAGUUGAUAGAGGAUGCUCACGACCCUCACAAGAGUCUCGACUUCGGACUGGAUGAUGGAGGUGCAAAGAAGUCUGCUCGCCGAAGUAUCUUUAUGGGAGGGGGUGAAAAGACCCUCGCCCAUAAACCCAGUCAGCUGUCGAUGGAUAUGAACCUCUCAUCGCCUUACCUGUUGCCUCCUGGCAUGCAGGAAUCGCGCGAGUCGCUCAACUCUCUGGCUAAGUCGUUGGGUAAUGAUAAUCAGGACCCAUACCAGUAUGUUGCAGCCAUUACGCAAAGCGAGACCGGCUCACUGCGGUCCUUCAAUCCCAAGGAUUCUAAUUUGCGCAAUACUAAAUUAAACAGUCCUCGUACCUCUGGUAAACCCGGAAGCCUCAAGAUGCCUCCAUCACGCAUGAACUCCUUGCCUGAGACCCCUGUCUCAGCAACUGAAUCCAGAGUCGAUCCGUUCGGCACUCCCAAGAUGCCUGCGCCAGCUCACCAAGCCAAGUCACCCUUUGAUUCCGACAAGGAUGGCUUCCACCCUGCUCCCAUCGUCCCUGAGAUCGGAACCGUUUCCGACUUUGAUGAGAAGCGUGAUGUCCCCUCUGUUCAGCAACCUCCUGUCGCGAGAUCCAAGACUCCCGACUUUGAGUUGCCCAACUUCUCAUCGGAGCCUGCCACCGACUUCCCUCUGCCUCCUGCUCGUGAGCACGAGGCAACUGGUUUGGGUUUGAACUUUUCUCUUCCCCAGCCCAAGUCUCCAACCGUUACCUCCCCCGAUGCUCCGAAAUCUGCUCCUGCCCACAACCGACAGAGUGAUGGUUCCAACUACACCCCCGCCGCUGACAUCUCAAGUUACUACGAGGACCAUGACGAUGACGCUCGUGGUCGCACCAUGCAGCGAGGGUCAUUUGUUGAAGACACGCCUCAGUUCAACGGUCUAGGAGUUCCUCAGCAAGACAACAAGCGACUUUCAGUUGGAUUCCGUCCUCUGCCUCCGGAUGAUAUCAACGAGUCUGAGGAUCCUGAAUACCGCGCCAACCGUAUCCGUUCUUUCUACAAGGAGUACUUUGGAGAGAGCGAGGAGGCCCCUCCACCAAUGCCUCCCAUGCCUCCUAUGCCCCAAGGAGGGCGCGCUGGUGGCCCUCAGUACUACGAGGACUAUGAUCAGGGCUACAUGGGUGGUGCCGCAGCCCCGUAUUUUGACCCGGAGACAAACGCAUUUGUCAUGCCCUACGCCCAGCCUGUUACUCGUCGUGCCAUGACACCUCCUCCUGCCGGCCGCCGACCUGGACCUGGACCUGGUCGCCCUGGACCCCGCCCUCGCGGUCCCAACGGUUCCAUCGGUGGCAUGAGCUUCCACAGCGGUCCCGGAGGUCGAUCCCGCGCCGGCUCAGCCCUCGGCCCCCGACCUGACUCCUCCGCCUCCGCCAGGAUGCGACAGCCUCCCAUGAAGAGGAUGCCUCCUCCCGCCCCUCUGACCACUCUGCCAACCCCUUCAAAGCUUCGUGAUGAUAACUCCUUCCUUAUCAACGCCGCCGACUUCGCUCCUCCCAGCAACAUCCGAGACACAGCCGCUGGACGUUCUCAAAGCCCCUUCGGCGAGAGACGCCCCUACUCUCCAUCAGUCCCUGCAGCUCAAACCCUCGUCUCACCCUUUGAGGAGCUCGCUGCCCUCCCCAGCCCUCAUCUCCUCCGUAAGUCUGGUACCUUCACUGGUCUCGACUUUGCGCCUCCCAAGAAGUUCAAGGAUUCCGACAACAUGAGCGAUGCUGGAAGUAUCAGGAGUAACCGCAGCGGCAUGUCCCAAGCCCAGCUCGGAGCCAUCCGUAACGGUGCUGGACGUGUGAGCCGACUCCCAGGUGACCAAGUGUUCACCGCAGACGCGCUACAAGAUACACUGAAGCCGUCUUGGGGAAUUCGACCUUGA